AUGUCCAAUAUAACAGUAUUAGGCGUAGUAGCUGCUGCUGCAGCUAUUCCAUUGGUGGCCAACACAUUAGGAAACAUUAUUGGCAAUACGAUAAAUAGGCUCAGAGAGCGGCGAGGAACUCCUCCACGACCACCUCGAGGAAUACCUCUGGAAGAAAUGAGAACCAAUGCCCAACAAGCGCUGAAUAUGAAUAUAGAAAAUUACAUCAAUUUUGCAUUUUGCGGAUCACAAAAUUCUGGAAAAUCGACAUUGAUUAAUUAUUUACGAGAAAUCGAUGACACAGGUGUAUACAACAAUAAUGAAUUAGACGCAGCACGCGUCGGUGAGACACAAACAACACGAGAAACAAGAGCUUAUGGCUUUAUCGAAGGUCACGAUCUGGACUUUGUACGCUUUUGGGAUCAUGCAGGGUGUGGUACUUUCGAUCAUCCAACAGAAGAUUAUUUCGAACAAAAUCUUUUGUAUGCAUUCGAUUGUAUUCUCUUAGUUACCGCUUCUGGCUUGGGUGAAUAUGAAAGAACAAUACUUGAAGAUGCUCGAAGAUUUGAAACUGAUGUUGUCAUCGUCAUUAACAAGGCUGACGAGAGAGUACAAUCCAAACUAAGAAGACGGCCACGUCAUCUUGGUCCACCCGAUGCAAAUGCUCGCAAAUUAAUCAUUCAAGAAACAAUCAACGAAGCAAAGGCAAGUAUUACUGAAGACUUGCGUAACAUCCAACAGGAACAAGUUCCAGUAUUUGUUGUAUCGGCUCAUAAAUGGCGAGAUUAUCAAUUCAGUCAUAGUGAAGAAGACAAAGAUUUGAGCAUGGAAAUUGUACCAAUGAUAGAGUACAUAUUGACUGCUGCAUUUCGUCGUCGAGCACCAUAA